ACGUUUCAGGCAACGCGUGCUCCCCAAGUUCAGUUCCCCAAACGGGUGGUGUGCUCGACGUGUCCGCGUGUAACGAUGACCGUCUCGUGAAACAAGUGAAUGCACCUCCGAUGCUUUGUCAACGAUAGGUACAACCGGACCUACCCGCGUGUGCUGUGUUACAGUGUGAACGGACCAGUGAAGGACUAAGUUCUCAAGGAUUCGAGAUGACUCGCCACCUGUGGCUAAGUGUACCGUUCGCUUUCCUCGUGAUGUCAGGUGCGAGCUGCCUGCGGGAUGUCAGCCUAGAAAUAGUUCCGGAGGUGGUGCAACGUGGUCAGAAGGCGAUUCUGCGCUGCCAUUACGAUCUCGAGAAGGCUCCUCUCUACUCCCUCAAGUGGUACCGUGGCAAGCACGAGUUCUACCGUUUCGCACCCAGCGAUGAACCAGCCACCAAGUAUUUCAACAUACCCGGAAUUUACGUUGACGUUGACAACUCGAAUAAGAGCCAGGUUACGCUUCGCGAUAUCGACUUUGUCCUCUCGGGUACAUUCAGUUGCGAAGUUACGGCAGACGCUCCGACCUUCUCCACAGCCUACGUCUCGAAGAAUCUUACGGUAGUAUCUCUACCAGAAGGCACACCCAUUAUCGUAUCGGAACGUGAACGUUACGACCCGGGAGAGACUUUGAGGGCAAAUUGUAGCUUACCACCCUCGAAGCCACCGGCGCAUCUCUCAUUCACUCUGAACAAUGUGAUGGUGGAUUCGUACACAAAACACCAGCCGCAGCAGUUCCCGCAACAGAAGGGGGGUAACGAUGCUGUAUCGCCCCAUGCCGAUCAGAUGGAGAAUCUACAGUGGAUCGAGAUACGAGUGAACCUUCAACCGUUCCAUUACUCGAAUGGCCAGCUGAAUUUACGAUGCAGUGCCCAGAUUCCUGGCAUAUAUUCGGCGAUAAGCGAGGUGCAGCUCGGCGGUGGAUUGCGCGAACCUGUGCCGGAGAGAGUGACCUCGGAUAAAGGAAGCGAAGCACCGACGGCCGCCUGUUUGAUGAUUCUGACGCUGUGUACGCUCCAGCUGCUUCUGAGAUAGUCGCGACACGCUUGAGGCAACGGAAAGGGAGCUCAUGGGCGUCGCACGAUAAACAACGCACUAGUCAAACGAAGGGGCAGGAUGAAGUGGAUGAAGGGCAGUUUAAGGGACGUUCGUGCCGCCAGGGCAGAAACGAGUCGCGAUUAUUGUUGAAUCGACACGACGUGGAUAAUUACGUGUUUUUCAGCGUGGUUCGGUUUUGUUCGGUGGAACGAUCGCGUAUGCCGUCGCUUCAAUGUUAUCCUCGUCGUACGUCCCCGAUUGCCGAUCGUUCGCCGAGAUCGAGACGCAACAACACAUGGUUCACCGAUACGCUUGUCUGGACUAUCGGAUAAAUGUACGCCGUGGCUAAGGAACAUGACGCGAGAUACGCUUUCCGACUCGACACAUGCGUGUAUCUCUCGGCCCAAAUGCGUUUAGCCGCGUUCUCGAUCAACGUGUCAGAAUGCUCAAACGAUGUCGCGUCUGGUAAGUAGCGAACAAACGGCUGAUCGUUCGAGGACAUGUCGAAGCUUCAUUCAGAAGUCAACGUGUGUACCGUGCUUAAUCAUUGUCGGGAAAAUUUACGUACACCUUGGUCAGAGUUGUGUGGUCUGUCUUACGAGAGCGUACUCAGGAUGUACAGCUAAGUUGUUUGGGAGAUCAAUAUUAAGUUGUUUUGGUUACAUUAAUGUUAUAUGUCAUAUGUGGAUUAUGUGUGAAACAUUGUAUUAUGGUAGGACCAAGGAUAAGAGUUAAAGAGAUGUGUACUAACAUUCACUUUUAGUUUUUGUCAAGUCUGGGGAAAUGUUGGACCUAGCAAUAACCUAUAUGUGAAUAUAGGGACGUCUACGUUUCACAUAAAUGUAAGUCUUCCUUUAGAUCUACGCUCUUUCUAGGUUUUGCUUAGAUCAAAGUUUUGUUGAGGUCUGAUUUAUGCUAAGUCUAGGAUUUGACUAGGUCUAGUUUACCCUAAAUCUAGGUUUUGAUUAGGUUUUGGUUUUGAUUAGGUCUAGUUUACCUUAGGUCGGGGUCUGACUAACUCUAAUGUACCAUAGGUCCAGGUGUUGACUAACUCUAGUGUACCCUAGGUCCAGGUGUUGACUAGCUCUAGUGUACUCUAGGUUCAGGUGUUAACUAGCUCUAGUGUACCCUAGGUUCAGGUGUUGACUAGCUUUAGUUUAACCUAGGUUCAGGUGUUGAUUAGCUGUAGCUUAUCCUAGGUCCAAAUGUUGACUAGGUCUAACUUACCCUAGGUUCAAGUGUUGACUAGCUAUAUUUUACCCUAGGACCAAGUGUUGACUAGGUCUAAUUUACCCUAGGUUCAGAUAUUGACUAGGUCUACUUUACCCUAAAUCUAACUUUCCCUUAGAUCUCUUAAACCUAGAUCUAAUAGUCCUAGAAUUACAUCUUCUUAGUAUCAAAUUUUUUCAGAUCCACAUUUUUCUGAGGCCUAAAUACUCAAAUCUAUGUUUCCCUCGAUUUUCGUUUUCUCUAGGCCUAAUUUAUUCUAGGUCCAACUUUUCCAAAACUUGGUUUCCCUAAUUUUAAAUUCUCCUGAGUACAGAUUCUAUCUAUUUAUAAGUACAUCCUAAGUCUAUAUUGUAUCUAGUUUUCAUCUACCUCCAGGUUCAAUUUUAAUUUGGAGAAACAUUUCUCUAAAAUCAUUUGCUUCAUUAUAAUUCACAUAUUGUUUCUACCACUCAUGUUUAAAGAAUCCUCCACAGACAUUUUCUUCAGGUAUACAGUUACUUGUAAGUUUAUGAUAAAUAUAUGAUUAAAUUGUUCAUAAACGCACACAGAUUAUUUGUUUCACAUAAUUAAAUAUCGUGGGUACACUCAUGUGAUGCAGACUGUAAUUUGUACACAGAAAAGUAAAGAAUAAAUACAGGGUUAUUCAAAAGAAAUAUCGGCAUUCCUUGUGGAGGUAAUGGUACCUCGUUAUCCAUUCUUGUAUUCCCUUAAUUUUUUAUAUUAAAUCAGAAAAUCGUUUUCUUUCCAAUUUUGAGUCAACUUAUGUCCUCAAAAUGAAACUGAAAUCAAAUUGGGUGAAACUGAAAUCAAAGUGGGUUCCUGGGUACCGUUAGACCUCCAUAUUGUCCUAAAGAGAUUGAAUGCGCAUAACCUCACUCUAAGAACUUGCAAAUGUGUAAAUUAAACUUCAGAAUAAGUAGCUAGACUAAAUCUAAUCCUCUAUAGCAGUUAAAACGAUUCGAGGUUUGCUGCCAAAAUACUCAAAUGUUCUUUCAAAAACGCUUUUGAAAUUAUUUGAACGGCCUUAAAUCGACGACCAGCGUGUUAAUCUCUGUUACACCAUCUAGCUUUUUAUGUUCAUACUAGCUUUAGAUGUUCAAACUAUUUCCUUGAAUUCUCCAACUUCUUGGAUCAAAAAUUAUAAAUUUUUCUAAUUCUGUAUCUAUUUAAAUUGUCUGUGAUCGCUCCAUCAAUAGAUGUGAUACUUCUAAGAAAAAUAACGUAACGUUACUUAAUAUUUCUAUGUUGAAAUUAUACAACGCUAAAUUGUUGCUGCGUAUCAAAUCGCAAAUUUCGAAAUGUGGACAGUUAGGUGACAUCGGAAGUACAGUGCCGACGCCAUUUUAUUUCGGAGCGCGAAGACAAAAUGGCUGACCUCUCAUUCGAACAAAGAAAUCCGGU